AUGGCCGCUCCCCAGAUUCCCGAGAAGCAGUGGGCUCAGGUUUUCGAGAAGACCGCCGGUCCCAUCGAGUACAAGCAGAUUCCCGUCCAGAAGCCCGGUCCCGAUGAGGUCCUCGUCAACGUCAAGUUCUCCGGUGUCUGCCACACUGAUCUCCACGCCUGGCAGGGUGACUGGCCCCUCGACACCAAGCUGCCUCUUGUCGGUGGCCACGAGGGUGCUGGUGUUGUCGUUGCCCGCGGCGACCUUGUCAAGGAUGUCAAGAUUGGCGAGAAGGUCGGUAUCAAGUGGCUCAACGGCUCUUGCCUGAGCUGCUCGUACUGCCAGAACGCCGAUGAGUCUCUCUGCGCUGAGGCUCUCCUCUCCGGUUACACCGUCGACGGAUCUUUCCAGCAGUAUGCCAUUGCCAAGGCUAUCCACGUUGCUCGCAUUCCUGAGGAGUGUGACCUCGAGUCCAUCUCCCCCAUUCUCUGCGCCGGUAUCACCGUCUACAAGGGUCUCAAGGAGUCCGGUGUCAAGGCCGGUCAAUCCAUUGCCAUCGUCGGUGCUGGUGGUGGUCUUGGUUCCAUCGCUGUCCAGUACUGCAAGGCCAUGGGUAUCCACGCCAUUGCCAUCGAUGGUGGUGAGGAGAAGGGAAAGCUCACGAAGGAGCUCGGAGCUACUGCUUACGUCGACUUCACCACAACCAAGAACCUUGUCGCCGAUGUCAAGGCUACCACCUCCGAUGGUCUCGGACCUCACGCCGCUCUCCUCGUUGCUACCAACGAGAAGCCCUUCCAACAGGCUACCCAGUACAUCCGCUCUCGCGGUACUGUCGUCUGCAUCGGUCUCCCCGCCAAUGCUCAGUUCUCCGCUCCCGUUUUCGACACAGUUGUUCGCAUGAUCUCCAUCAAGGGAUCUUACGUCGGCAACCGUGCUGAUACCGCUGAGGCUAUUGACUUCUUCCGCCGUGGUCUCAUCAAGGUCCCCUUCAAGACUGUCGGUCUCUCUGAGCUCAACGAGGUCUACAAGCUCAUGAAGGCUGGCCAAAUUGUCGGUCGCUACGUCGUCGACACCAGCCGAUAA